UUUUGAUUGUGUCGUUUGCUUUUGGUUGAAAAAGAAAUUUAGUUAUAUUCUGUUUUAAAUUAUUCGAAAAAUAUAUUCAGUUUUAUUUCAAAGUGAUAAAAGUUGCGGGCCGCAAGGAGCUGGCUUCACACUUUCGACUACGUUCGCGGAUUCAUAUUGGUGGCAAGAAGCUGGCUACAAGGAGCUAGCAUCACACACGUAUUAUUAUUUAGCCUUUAAAUACCGCCCAAAAGUAUAGUUAAAUCACCUACCUACUUUACAUAAACAAAAAUACCUAACUUACCCUUUUAUUUUAUUUUGAUGCCUAAAGUCUGAACACAUAAAACCUCAAAACUUGCAGGACACUUGAUAUUGAUAAUUGAAGUAAACAAACAACAUAUUAGAUUAUGUUGAUCUGAGAUAAAAAUGUUUAUUACUAGUCAUACAAAAUAAUUAAAAAUUUGCACGAGCAGCACAAAUUUUCAAAGUGCUUUGUUUUUGUUGUUCAAUUAUUGUAAUUGAAGAUUUCACUUUGUACCAGGGGGAUUCCCAUAUUCAAAUCGGAAAAAAAUGCUGCCAACAUGACGAAAUUCAAUUCCAAAAAAAGUACCGCCUUUAAACUACCUGAUACCACUUUAAAACUAAAAACCCCAAUAUUUAUGGGUUUGUUGUUUUAAAUUUUAAAGAGGUUAGAGUACCGCAGGAACUGCUGAGUACGGGAUAGAGAUGUGUUCGAGUAUAUUUCAGUUUACUGCACUCUGCCAAUAAUUUAUACCUAAUUUUAUUAGAUUUGAGUUGAGCAAUUUUAAUGGUUUUGUAAACUUUGGAUUCACUUACCUUUUUUUGGAUUUUGAAAUUUAUACUUUUUACCAGCACAAAACACAAGAUAAAAUAUGAAAACGCCUUGGGUCUAUUUUCGUACCAAUUGGUUCAUGAAUUCAUAAGUAUAUUGAAAAAUACUCAUGUGAAUCCCAGAUGAUUUUGAUUAGUUUUCUUUGUCGUAUUUCGAAUAGGCGAAAAGGAAAAAAUAUCGCGAAUCAUUGUUUGCGGUAUUCUCGGUGAAAUACUGAAUUUUAUUUUGCAUUCAAAUAAAUGGCUUACUUUGCAUUAAAAUGUAUUGUGUUUUAUGUCUUAGUAAGGUUCACAUUAUUUAAGUAAUUAUUAUUUAAAUCAAUAUGGUUUUCGAUUUUAAUUCGGUUUUUGAUAGUUGUCGUAAAAUUAUUAUGUACCUGUUAAAUAUUUUUGUACCAGUCACUUGGAAUUCUGAUGGUAAGAACUAUAAUAAGAAGUCAUCAGCAAAAGUCGAUACUCUAAUACCAAAAAGUGUCAAUUAUCAUUUUACAAGAGUUUGCAACUACAGCUGCGGAUUUUGCUUUCAUACUGCCAAAACUUCUUUUAUGUUACCGUUGGAUGAGGUUAAACGUGGAUUCGAUUUAUUGAAAAAAGCAGGAAUGGAAAAAAUAAACUUUAGCGGAGGGGAACCGUUUUUACCAAAACGUGGCAAGUUCUUGGGCGAAAUGGUCCAGUACUGCAGAGAAACUUUAAAAGUCUCAGUUUCAAUUAUUUCAAAUGGAUCCAUGAUUACUGAAAAGUGGCUCCAGAAAUAUGGCAAAUUUGUUGAUAUCCUUGCUGUUUCAUGUGAUUCAUUCAAUGAAGAAACAAAUACAAAAAUUGGCAGACGUCAAGGUAGCAGUGAUCACGUUAAAAAAUUAUGGCAAAUUAGAGACUGGUGCACGAAAUACGACAUUCUCUUCAAAAUAAAUACUGUGGUUAAUACCUAUAAUCAACAUGAAACUAUGAUUGAUGAAAUAAAGCAGUUGAAUCCUAUUAGGUGGAAAGUAUUCCAAUGUCUACUCAUUGAAGGAGAAAAUGCCGGUGAAGAAGCUUUAAGAAAUGCAGCAGACUUCUAUAUUUCUGAAGAAACUUUUAAAGCGUUCAUAAAGAGGCAUGAAUCAAUCCGGUGUAUUGUUCCAGAGUCCAAUGAUAAAAUGCAAAACAGUUAUUUAAUAUUGGAUGAAUAUAUGAGAUUUUUGGAUUGCCAAGGCGGUUCCAAAGAGCCAUCGAAAUCCAUACUGGAUGUUGGAGUUGAAAACGCACUCAGAUUCUCUGGGUUCGACGAGGCCAUGUUCAAAAAACGCGGAGGUUUCUACAAGUGGUCGAAAGAAGCCAACAAAAUGUCUUGGUAGAAAAAAGUUAUAAUAAUAAUUGACAUGCAAUUGUGCAAACAGUAUUAUUGAUGUAAUAUGUUUUAUCUACGACCUGCACAAUAAGUGACUAUUAUGUCCCUAAUUUUUGCUCAUUUGCGUUAUGUAAUGAGCCCUAUUACCGCACUGGCACGCGUUUAUUAUCGCACUAGUGCGGUAAGAGGUCAUCAUUUUUUUUUAAACUACAUAAUCGAGUACACAAUAGUUAUUUAUAAUUUUUUUGCUUGUUAGUGACUUCAGUAGAUAUUCCGGUUGGUUUUUCUGAGAAAGAUUGGAUUUAGGCAAAAAUAAACGGCGUUGAAGAAGAUAGGCAAAUACACAUUUUCUUCUUCUAUGUCGUUCAUUUUUGACCUAAAUCCAACCCUUCUCGAAAAAACUAACGGGUUAUUUAAAAUAGACAAACGACAAUAGUCACUUAUUGUGCAGGUCGUAGAUAAAAUGUUGUAUAUCACACGUACGGUAAGGCUCAUUACAACACUCGUCGAGGCAAUAUUUCCGACUCGUUACUGUAAUGGAGCUCAUACCGUACCGGUAAUAUAAACACUAUUAUCACUUAUUUGUAUACAUUUUUUUUAUGGACUUUAUGCAUAGCUAGUAGUGACAAUUUAACAUCUAAAAAGAGGCCGAGAUGCAAUUGUUUGGGCCAGAACAUUUACCACCGCUUUAAUGGAAAUUGCAAUAUAUUUUAUUUGUUCAUUUUUAAAUUUUAGAUAUUUGUUCAAUAAAUAGUAUAUUACAAUCAGAGACGGGAAAUUAGCUAUUACUGUCGAGAGAUUUUAUAGUUUAUCGAGACCUGUAGCGUCGAGAUAAACUAUAUCUCGAGACAGUAAUUAAAUUUCCUGUCGAGCAUAGUAUACUAUUUUAUUUUUAACCAUAAUUUUUGCUAAUUUAAAUUAGAAAUGAAAUUGAACGUGAACGUAGCUUCAUGCUAUUUGCUUGAAUUUUAUGUCAUUGUCAUCAAUUUUGAAAAAAAUUUGACAAUACCUGCCACAUAUAAAUAUAAUGAAACGAGGACGGGAAGUGAGGACGGAAAAUGGGGACGGGAAGUGGAGCAGGGAAAUGAAAAGACAGUAAAGUGACAUUUCCAAAUUUUUAAAAAGACUGUAAUGUCAACAUUACAUAAUAUAUGGUUAAAAAUAAUAGUAUAUUAUAUGCCUAGGUAGAGAAGUUGGUCAUUAUAUAUACCGAGCGCUUUUAUAUAUAAUGCGUGAGGUAUAUAAUGACUUUCUCUACCGAGGAAUAUAUAGAUUUUUUUUUACUACUGCUAGUAGAAAAUAAAAAAUUUGCUUAAAAUCUGUGCUCUAAUUAUUUUUUUUUGAACGCCCUCUUGAAAGUGCUGCCCUCUAUCAACAGCUUAUGAUAACUUCCUAUGUACCUACAGAAACCUGUAUUUUGUUUUAAAUUGACGCAUGAAAUUGAAAUUGGACCAAUAGAAACAUGACAAUAUCCUUGCGUCAUGACGUCAUUUUCAUUAUUGACCUAGGGACUUUUUCAUUAUUUUCAUUAUUCACCUAGGGAGAGAAAUUCAAUUUUU